UUUCAGAGACAGGGGUAAUUGAGGAAACAGAAUUUUCUGGAAAACACAGGAUUCUUCCUCCACUUCAUAUAAGUAUCCUACUGCUCGUGUUUUCUCGCAUUGUGUUACAGCUAAAUUCUCAAAGACACCAAUUUCAUUGCUCAGAGUUCCCAAAUUCCCCCCAAGAGAUAAAAUGUCUCUAAUCCCAAACUUCUUCGGUGGCCGGAGAAACAAUGUGUUCGAUCCUUUCUCACUGGACGUGUGGGAUCCCUUCAAGGAUUUUCCUUUCCCAAAUACGCUUUCUUCAGCUUCCUUCCCUGAAUUUUCUCGGGAAAAUUCAGCAUUUGUGAGCACCCGUGUGGACUGGAAGGAGACCCCAGAGGCGCACGUGUUCAAGGCAGAUAUUCCAGGACUGAAGAAGGAGGAAGUGAAGGUGCAGAUUGAAGACGAUAAGGUUCUUCAGAUAAGCGGAGAGAGGAACGUUGAGAAGGAAGAUAAGAACGACACGUGGCAUCGAGUGGAGCGUAGCAGUGGCAAGUUCAUGAGAAGGUUCAGAUUGCCGGAGAACGCUAAAGUGGAGCAAGUGAAGGCUUCUAUGGAAAAUGGGGUUCUUACUGUCACUGUUCCCAAGGAAGAGGUUAAGAAGCCUGAUGUUAAGGCCAUAGAAAUCUCUGGUUAAGCAAAAGCAAAUUGAUGUUUGGUCUUUUAUGUUUUAAAUUUUGUGUUUUUCUUUGUUCUAAUGUGAGUGAUAUGCGUGGGAAAAAUGUAGUGGGAGUUGUGAUUGUAUAAAGAAAUAAGUCGUUGUCGUGCGUUGGUGAGAUGUUAUGUGUGAAUUUUAAUGUAGCGCAUGAAACUUUGCAAUGGAGAAGCUAAAUGUUUUUUUUCUGCUUGCUGAGAACAAAUUUUAAGCUGCAGAAUGUAUUAUGGUAA